AUGCAAGACAAAGAUAUCCUCGACAAACCUACAUUCCCCGAUCCUAUUUCUCAAAACCAACGCCUUGAAGCCAUCGACCAACGCUUGGAUACUCUCUUUGAAAAACUCAAUGCCUUAGUCGCCAACCAAGAUGAUUUCUACUACAUGUUGAAGCAACACAUCACUGCAAAUCAAGCGGACAACUGCGUCUUCUUCAAGCGCCACAAAGACUCGUCUUCAUGCCAUAUCAUCUGA